GGUUGUGGGGGAUGGACCAGGUGCGGCGGCCGCAGUGGAAGGAGCAGGCGCUUGAGCUCGAGCGACGGCGCUGGCGGAGACGCCGGCUGCUCCUCCCCUCCCCGCCGUACCCAUGGAGUAAGACUGCAGUGGAGUUGCACCUCAUCCCAGGGUUAGGUCCUCAAGUUAGUGCAUGAGGCAAAAAUCACGUAUUAAUCUCUGGAGAAGACACAUCCACAGUUAGCACUUUCUUCAGAUGCUGACGCUCGGUGAACAGUUGCCCUUGGUCACAAGAUUUAGAAGACACAGUGUCCAUCCUCCCAGACUGGAUCUCUUUUUCAUACGGAUCUUCUGUUCCUAUGUCUUUUUUAAAAAUAACUUUUUGGGAAACCUUUUGGAUUACAACUGUUCAUCCUCACCUAUGCAAAGAAAGGGAAGCUAUUGCUGGGAUUUUGAGGAGAUGGAGUCUUGCUCUGUCGCCAGGCUGGAGUGCAGUGAUGCGAUCUCGGCUCACUGAAACCUCCACCUCCUAGGUUCAAGCGAUUCUCCUGCCUCAGCCUCCCAAGUAGCUGGGACUACAGGUGCAUGCCACCACACCCAGCUAAUUUUUGUAUUUUUAGUAGAGAUGGGGUUCCACCAUGUUGGCCAGGAUGGUCUCGAUCUCCUGACCUCAUGAUCCGCCCGCUUCAGCCUCCCAAAGUGCUGGAAUUACAGGCAUGAGCCACUGCGCCCGGCCACCGCAGUCCGUUGCCACUGGGCAGUAUAGAUAUGUUGUCCAGCCUGCCAUCACUGGACUGUAGUUAAGGUGGAUGUCUUGUCUGGUCCGCUGCCACUGGGCUGUAUGUAAGGAGGUUCUUCUGUCCACCCCACCGCUACUGGAUUCUUUCCCCUGUAGCUUUUCCUAAAAGGAUUGUACACCUUAGAAGUGCUUAAGGAAGAGUGAUGAAGCUCUGAAUCGUGUCCUGCAGCAGAUUCGAGUGCCACCCAAGAUGAAGAGAGGGACAAGCUUGCAUAGUAAGCGGGGCAAGCCAGAGGCCCCAAAGGGAAGUCCCCAAAUCAACAGGAAGUCUGGUCAGGAGAUGACAGCUGUUAUGCAGUCAGGCCGACCCAGGUCUUCAUCCACAACUGAUGCCCCUACCAGCUCUGCUAUGAUGGAAAUAGCUUGUGCUGCUGCUGCUGCUGCUGCUGCAUGUCUGCCGGGAGAGGAGGGAACUGCGGAGCGGAUCGAACGGUUGGAAGUAAGCAGCCUUGCCCAAACCUCCAGUGCAGUGGCCUCCAGUACCGAUGGCAGCAUCCACACAGACUCUGUGGAUGGAACACCAGACCCUCAGCGCACAAAGGCUGCCAUUGCUCACCUGCAGCAGAAGAUCCUGAAGCUCACAGAACAAAUCAAGAUUGCACAAACAGCCCGGGACGACAACGUUGCUGAAUACUUGAAGCUUGCCAACAGUGCAGACAAACAGCAGGCUGCCCGCAUCAAGCAAGUCUUUGAGAAGAAGAACCAGAAAUCUGCCCAAACUAUCCUCCAGCUGCAAAAGAAACUUGAGCACUACCACAGGAAGCUCAGAGAGGUGGAGCAGAAUGGGAUCCCCCGGCAGCCAAAGGAUGUCUUCAGGGACAUGCACCAGGGUCUGAAGGAUGUGGGAGCAAAGGUGACUGGCUUCAGUGAAGGUGUGGUGGAUAGUGUCAAAGGUGGGUUUUCCAGCUUCUCCCAGGCCACCCAUUCAGCAGCAGGCGCUGUAGUCUCAAAGCCCAGAGAGAUUGCCUCACUCAUUCGGAACAAAUUUGGCAGUGCAGACAACAUCCCCAACCUGAAGGACUCUUUAGAGGAAGGGCAAGUGGAUGAUGCGGGGAAGGCUUUGGGAGUGAUUUCGAACUUUCAGUCUAGCCCAAAAUAUGGUAGUGAAGAAGAUUGUUCUAGUGCCACUUCAGGCUCAGUGGGAGCCAACAGCACCACAGGGGGCAUCGCUGUAGGAGCAUCCAGCUCCAAAACAAACACCCUGGACAUGCAGAGCUCAGGAUUUGAUGCACUACUACAUGAGAUCCAGGAGAUCCGGGAAACCCAGGCCAGACUAGAGGAAUCCUUUGAGACUCUCAAGGAACAUUAUCAGAGGGACUAUUCCUUAAUAAUGCAGACCUUACAGGAGGAGCGAUAUAGAUGUGAACGAUUAGAAGAACAGCUAAAUGACCUAACAGAGCUCCACCAGAAUGAAAUCUUGAACUUGAAGCAGGAACUGGCAAGCAUGGAAGAAAAAAUCGCAUAUCAGUCCUAUGAACGGGCCCGGGACAUCCAGGAGGCCCUGGAGGCAUGCCAGACACGCAUCUCCAAGAUGGAGCUACAGCAGCAGCAGCAGCAGGUGGUGCAGCUAGAAGGGCUGGAGAAUGCCACUGCCCGGAACCUUCUGGGCAAACUCAUCAACAUCCUCCUGGCUGUCAUGGCAGUCCUUUUGGUCUUUGUCUCCACUGUAGCCAACUGUGUGGUCCCCCUCAUGAAGACUCGCAACAGGACGUUCAGCACUUUAUUCCUUGUGGUUUUCAUUGCCUUUCUCUGGAAGCACUGGGACGCCCUCUUCAGCUAUGUGGAACGGUUCUUUUCAUCCCCUAGAUGAUGCUGGCACAGAAGGCAUUGUUCCCUACCCUCUGGCGAGUGCAUGCAGCAGAGAGUUAGACAGCAACUUACCUACUCUGAAGUUUUCUACAACAACAAAAGAGUUGAGUGAAUCUGUUUACAUUUAGAAUAAUGUUUUUUUCUUCAAGAGACGCAAUUGCAAUAGUAUUUUUUAGAUUUUAUCCAAGAAGUUUUUUGGGCGAAAAUCUUGGAUCAUUUUUAUGUAGCAUGAUUUUCCUUGGGAUGCAAAUCUUAAAACAGUCCUUUAAUAUGAACCAACAAUCUGGAGCACACCGAAGGGCAAUCUAAAUUGUGGCUUGAAGGACUGCACUAAAACCCACUAAAAAGAUGCGAAAACCUGAUUAGGGCAAACCAGUUAAACCUAACACCCUGCCUUGUCUGGGCUCAUCACCUCUCCCUAUCCCAGACUAACUUUACUGUGAAAUCCUACCACAUUUCCAUGUCUGAAUUUUUGGAUUCGGGGUGGAUUUUCAUUGUCCGUGGAAGAACACAUGGAUCUCUCUGGCUUUCUCACCCAAGUUGGCCACUUACGCUAACCCUGGAAGUAUGAUCACUUUUGAACCUGCCCCUUAACCUUGAUGAGGAUACAAAAGUGAAAGCAUCAUCCCCCAAAGGAUUACUGCACAGUCCUACUACAGUAUUUUUAAGUAGCCCUCUAAAUACUUAAUUUUAAGCAAAAUCCCUUGGCCGCACUUUUAAGGUUUUUUUUAUAUGUGUAUAGUUACCAACCUAAAAAUAAAAAAUCCGAACAGCAUACUUGAAGAAUGUAAUACUCAAACUCUCAGUGCUUCCUUAUGGUUUCUAAUAGGAUUUUUUAUUAUUGUUAUUAUUAUUAUUGGGUUUUUUUGGACAGGGUUGGGAGGGUCUUUUAUUUUUCCUUUGAAAUAAAGAAGUGAUGUUUUUAAAUGAAGAAA